AUGACGACGGUGCCACCAUGUUGCGGUCCUGUCGCUGCUAGUGUCGUCGCUUUGGUGCUGAUUGUCGCCCUUGCCUCAAGCACGUUCGUCCCCUUGCAGACUAAGCCUGCUCAUUGGGAGCUGAAAGACGACGGCCUCGCGUGCAAAGAUCAUCGCGCCGGAAAUGUGGACGUCCUUGUUGCCGGUGUGUCGCGGACUAGCACAAGCUCAAUGCAGCAAGCACUGCAAGGGCUAGGGUACAACACAACACACUGGCUUGGCUAUAUGACACGCUACUUCGAGUUUAUCUCGCAUUUCUAUGUCGGCAAUAUCAAAGUUCCCAACUUGCACAGGGUCUUUGAGGACAUCCCAGAGAAAGGGGCUCUGCUCGACACGGUUGUCCCCGCGAUGUUUGAUGACUUGAGGCGAGCCUAUCCGAAGGCCAAAGUGAUCCUUACAACCAGGGAAGGGGAGUCGUGGUUUAAGAGCUACGAGAACUACGUGGCUCAGUGCUGGCUCUACCACUGGAGUCGGUACCCACUGCUCUUCUUUCUCUCCCACGUCUCUCGAGCAUUCCGCCUUGGCCCGCUGCUCCGUUCCGUUCACCUGCUGGGAAGGCCUUCGGGCUUGGACCUCGACCGGCUCCCCGAGCUCUCCGAGGUCUUCCGCUUGUCCGACAUGGUGAUGUACGGUUCCUGGAAGCCGAACUUUUGGCACGUCCGGAACCGAAAGCUGUACGAGCAGCAUGUCAUCUCCACCGUUCCCUCGGAGCAGCUUAUGAUCUUCGAUGCCAGCGCCGGCGACACCAUUGGGAAGAUUGCUCAGUUUCUCAACGUAAGCACCGACAUGAACCCGGAGCGCUACCCCAGGCUCUUUGACAAGUCGAAGCUCGCCAGCCACGGCACUCAUGCCCAGAUCGUGCGACACAACCUGUUGAUGAUUGUGGCAGCCGCGGCCACAAGCAUCCUCCUGCUGGCGAGUUUGGUGCUCAUCUUCCUAGCUGGGCAGUCGGCAUGGACUCGUCGUUCCUGCAACACGCGCACCGAAAAGUGCCCUGAGAGCACUGGUAAGUUGCCCAAAAUCUUCAAGACUGGAGACAUCAAAGACCCAGACUUUGAGGCGGACGGCUUACGGCGCGAUUCGUCCUCCACCGCUUCGACCUGGUCUGGUUCCGACACUUCCUGA